AUGAACCACACUCUGUCCAAAAAUGCCCAGGAUUUGAUAGGCAUCCCUCAUCUAGGUCUUUUUGGAUACUCAACAAUGCGGCAUCCUGAGCUGCCCCCCACAGAGGGUCCUCACACAGCAGGCUCCCCCACACCUGAGUUUUUGAGCUCUGUGGCAGAACUGUCCCAUCUGUCUCCUCCACCCCUAGUGCCUGGAAGUCUUCUUCAGCUUCCAGAUGGAACUCCCUCAUGGUCAGUGUUGGAAAUGGCUUCAAGUCGUACAUCCACACAGCCGGUUGAAGCUGAGGUGGCUGAAGGAGUGCAUGGUGGGGUGUCUUUGCCGAUUUCUAAGAGUGUGGUGGCCGCAGCAGUGACCCAGGAGGCUGUGUCUUCACUUUUACAGACUGCAGAAUCAGUGGCAGUGGAAACAACCAGCAGAAAGAUAGCCCUUGCUACCGCAAAUGACACCGCUAACCCACUGCAUUUGUCAGGGGCUCCAGAGAAUUCUGAAGGGCUCCUCCUUGUAGCAGAACACACAUCGUCCUCUUUGGUGCCUUCUCCUCUGCCUCUCACCACAGCCCACAGAGGGCAAGCCAUCCUUUCUGGGACAUCCAACAGCACAGCAGCAGACUUUCCUUCUGCACCCACCUUUCUCCAGUUGGCACAGAACCAUGCCUCUCCUUCCACCAUGCCCAAAAUGCCAACUCCUCAAAAAGAGGGCAGCGGUGGAUCCCCUCCGACAGCGGCUACAGACUUCCCCUUCUCCAGAAAAUUUCCCAAUCUUCUUUCCACAACCUGGGCAUUUCCCCUGCAGAAAGAAGGUAGUGUGACAGCUGUUUUAAAGAAAAACAAAAAGGCAAAUUUGACAGUUGAUCUCCAGAUCCUUCCAAGUAAAGAGAUUCCAGGUCAUCACACUGUAAAUGGGUUCACCUCUGAUUCUAGCCUGGAUCAUAUUUCAUCUUUUUUCAUCACAACUCUAAGAACAAACCUCCUUCCUUCAGAAUUACCUCUACCUUCCAUCCCCUCUGCACAAAGCACCCAGACUAUGUCCCCAUCCCCUAGCUUGUCUGACAUCAAGCCAGAGACUUAUGCAGCUGUGAUGGACCAUUCUCAGUUGCCAGUUUCAACUUCCCAACAGGUGACAGCAUUUCCCUCAUCCACUGAGGUCUAUGAUUUCUCAACAACGAGACAUGUGAAAAAGCCAGCAACCACAGAUGUUUUCUGGAGUUCUCUUUCAGCAGAAACUGGAUCUCUCUCCACAGAGCCAAUGAUAUCUGGCUUGCUGCAGCAAACAAAUUAUUAUUUAAAUGGGCACACAAUUAACUCCACCAGUUGGGAACCUCAUUCAGCUUCAGCUACUCCUCCCAGUGGUUCAACUUCAGCUGCCAGUACAAUAAGAUCUUCAGAUUUCAGAGAAACUGCUGGGCAUUUAGUGACUGCAGAAGGCUCUAACAUUCAGCGUCCAGUCCUUAGUAUAAGCACCAACCAACCUAUUCAACAGUCAGAGGUCACCAUGGUUGGAAACCAUACAGACUUCUUGUCAAUAACCAAUAACAACUAUUCCAGAGAUUUUCAAACAGCUGAGAUUGAAGAUUACCCAUCCACAAGCCAACAUGCUGUGUCUCAUCCCCAUCUACAGCUGCCUGCGCAUUCAACACAUGCUCUUUCACCAGCUUCUCCAAGUCUGACUUCCACAGCUAGCUUGCAGGAAAUACUUUCAGAUAAAACGGAUUCAGUUCUCCCAAUUUCUGGUGACAUCUACCCAUCUCCUGUGAUAAGUGUUUCCACACCAUUCCAGAGUAUCUUGAGAUACCAUUCUACUGCUGAAUCUCCUCCUCUAUCAACCAGGGCCCCAUCCACAGUGCUGCUGGCUUCUCAGCACCCUGAGAAAUGGACAGACCCCUCGGUGUCGUCCAAGGCGGAACCAACAGCAGCAUCAGCAGCUAUGUUGUUACUGGGGAAAUCAAGUCCACCGGCGCUGUCUGCAGCCCUGGUUGCCAAGGGCACUGGCAGCAGGGCUUCGGCCAUGGCCUCGGGAUUAGUCAAGAGCAGUUGGACCACUGCCCUAGCUAAAAAUGUCACAAACAACGCAGCACCUGGCCCAAGGACGACACCGGGGGCAGUGCCUCCGGCCUUCUCAUUCACACCAACCUACAUGUUUUCAAGAACGGCACACACCGGGAGUGCUCACACAGCCAUGCAAGGGACCACGGGCGCCGCCUCUGGCCUGUUGUCCACAACACACCUCCCCAGGAAACCACAAGCCAUGCACACAGGUCUCCCAAACCCCACCAACCCAGACAUGCCGAAGGCAUCCACCACACGCCCACUGACAAUCACAGCAGCCUUGACAUCCGUUACUGCCCCAGUAAGGGCCACCCGGUUGCCACCUUUGCCAGCAGAAAAUAUAGAUGCUGCGUCGACUGCCAUGGUCACAACCGGCAAAAUGGCAUCCAACCUGGAGUGUCAAAUGUCCAGUAAGCUCCUGGUGAAGACAGUUCUCUUUCUGACCCAGAGGAGAGUGCAGAUCAGUGAAACCUUGAGGUUCAAUGUAGCCAAAGGGCUCACGCAGGCAUUGCGGAAGGCUUUCCACCAGAAUGACGUCUCAGCUCACGUGGACAUUCUGGAACAUUCUCAUAACGUCACAGUUGGUUAUUAUGCUACCAAAGGGAGACUGGUAUACUUGCCUGCCGUAGUGAUUGAAAUGCUGGGUGUUUAUGGGGUCAGCAACGUCACUGCAGAUCUGAAGCAACAUACCCCAAACUUACAGUCAGUGGCAGUACUUGCCUCCCCGUGGAAUCCCCAGCCUGCAGGCUACUUCCAGCUGAGAACAGUGCUGCAGUUUGUGAGCCAGUCCGACAACAUCCAGUCCUGCAAGUUUGCUCAGACGAUGGAACAGAGACUGCAGAAGGCCUUUCAGGAUGCAGAGAGGAAAGUCCUGAAUACCAAGAGCAAUCUGACAAUUCAGAUUGUGAGCACAUCCAAUGCCUCCCAGACAGUCACCUUGGUGUACGUGGUGGGCAAUCGGAGCUCCUUCCUCAACGGCACAGUCGCCAGCAGCCUCCUCCGCCAGCUCUCAGCUGAGCUGGUUGGGUUCUACCUCACCUACCCGCCGCUCACCAUUGCUGAACCACUGGAAUAUCCCAACCUUGAUAUAUCGGAAACAACCAGAGACUAUUGGGUAAUAACAGUGCUACAGGGCGUGGACAAUUCGCUGGUGGGCCUGCACAACCAAAGCUUCGCCCGGGUCAUGGAGCAGCGCCUGGCCCAGCUAUUCAUGAUGUCCCAGCAGCAAGGCCGACGGUUUAAACGGGCCACUACCUUGGGAAGCUACACCGUGCAGAUGGUAAAGAUGCAACGGGUGCCGGGACCCAAGGACCCGGCGGAGCUGACUUACUACACCCUGUACAACGGGAAGCCAUUGCUGGGGACCGCAGCUGCCAAGAUCCUGAGCACCAUUGACUCCCAAAGGAUGGCCUUGACCCUGCAUCAUGUUGUCCUUCUGCAAGCUGACCCCGUGGUGAAGAAUCCACCCAACAACCUGUGGAUCAUCGCGGCAGUGCUGGCACCCAUUGCUGUGGUCACGGUCAUCAUCAUCAUCAUCACUGCUGUGCUUUGCCGGAAGAACAAGAACGACUUCAAGCCGGACACCAUGAUGAACCUGCCUCAGAGAGCAAAGCCUGUGCAAGGCUUUGACUAUGCCAAGCAGCACCUGGGCCAGCAAGGGGCGGAUGAGGAGGUUGUCCCUGUGACUCAGGAAACGGUGGUCCUACCGCUCCCUGUUAGAGAUGCUCCUGCCUCUCAGGAAAGAGACAUCGCCCAGGACGGAAGCACCAUCAAGACGGCCAAGUCCACCGAAACCAGAAAGAGCAGGUCGCCCAGUGAGAAUGGCUCUGUCAUCAGCAAGGAAUCAGGGAAGCCCAGCUCAGGGAGGCGCUCGCCCCAGAAUGUAAUGGCACAGCAGAAAGUGACAAAGGAGGAGGCACGGAAGAGAAAUGUGCCUGCGAGUGACGAAGAGGAAGGAGCGGUGCUUUUUGACAACUCUGGCAAGGCGGCUGCUGAUCCCUUUGACACAUCUUCUGGAUCUGUGCAGCUCAUCGCGAUAAAACCCACAGCCCUCCCCGUGGUGCAUCCCACAUCGGACCGGAGCCAGGAGUCAGCAGUCCUCAACGGUGAGGUAAACAAAGCCCUGAAGCAGAAGUCAGACAUCGAGCACUAUCGGAACAAGCUACGCCUCAAAGCCAAGAGGAAGGGAUAUUACGACUUUCCACCAGUGGAGACAAACAAGGCUCAGACAGAAAGAAAAAAGAUGUAUGAGAAAACCCCAAAGGAAAUCGAGCACGUUUUGGAUCCAGACCCAGAACUGUGUGCUCCAUUCGCUGAGUCUAAAAACAGGCAACAGAUGAAGAACUCUGUCUACCGAAGCCGGCAGUCUCUGAAUAGCCCGAGUCCUGGGGAAACGGAGAUGGACCUUCUGGUGACUCGGGAGCGACCCCGGCGUGGAAUCCGUAACAGCGGAUACGAUACUGAGCCUGAGAUCAUAGAGGAAACCAACAUCGACAGAGUGAAUGAGCCCCGGGGCUAUGCCCGAUCAAGGCAGAUGAAAGGUCACUCGGAGACCUCCACACUGAGCUCCCAGCCCUCCAUCGAUGAGGUCAGGCAGCAGAUGCACAUGCUACUGGAGGAGGCCUUCAGCCUGGCAUCUGCAGGCCACGCGGGCCAGAGCCGGCACCAGGAGGCUUACGGCUCAGCACAGCACCUGCCCUACUCGGAGGUUGUGACCAGUGCUCCAGGGACCAUGACGCGGCCCAGGGCAGGGGUGCAGUGGGUACCCACCUAUCGCCCAGAAAUGUACCAGUACAGUCUGCCUCGACCGGCAUACAGGUUUUCCCAGCUUCCUGAAAUGGUCAUGGGCUCUCCCCCUCCACCUGUACCUCCCCGGACUGGCCCUGUGGCUGUUGCUUCUCUCAGGCGGUCCACCUCGGACGUGGGCAGCAAGACCAGGAUGGCCGAGUCCGCAGGGCCCGAACCGGCCCAGCUGCACGACAGCCCCUCCUUCGCGCAGGUGUCCAGAGGCCCCGUGUCCGUGGCGCAGUUGGACCAGUCGGCUUUAAAUUACUCAGGUAAUACGGUGCCGGCAGUGUUCGCCAUCCCAGCUGCCAACAGACCUGGCUUCACCGGCUAUUUCAUCCCAACGCCUCCCUCGUCCUACAGAAACCAGGCCUGGAUGUCCUAUGCAGGAGAGAAUGAGCUCCCAAGCCAGUGGGCCGAUUCGGUCCCCCUCCCAGGGUACAUCGAGGCUUACCCCCGGUCACGUUAUCAGCAAAACUCUCCCUCCAGGCUCCCUCGCCAGUACAGCCAGCCAGCAGGCAUGCACCCCAGCCUGGAGCAGGCCCCGGUGCCAUCCGCGGCGGCCUCGCAGCAGAGCCUCACCGAGAACGACCCGUCUGACACGCCCCUGACCAACAUCUCCACGGCGGCCCUCGUGAAGGCCAUCCGGGAAGAGGUGGCCAAGCUGGCCAAGAAACAGACAGACAUGUUUGAGUUCCAGGUCUAA